AGGAUAAAAAUAAACGAAAAUGAAUGCAAUUAUUUCACUGAACUACAGCGGUUUGGAAGAAAUGCCAGAAUAUUUGAUGAGCUCACAUUUUACGACGGAAAUUCAACAUUUGUACAUGAAAGGAAAUCGAUUGACCUCUGUGCCAGAAGCAAUCCACAGACUUGUCAACCUUACAGUGUUGUAUCUGCAAAGCAACAGAAUUGAAAUUCUCCCAAAUAGUAUUGGUGCCUUAAAGACUCUGGAACAAUUAGAUGUCAGCUUUAAUUAUCUGGAGAAACUGCCAGAAGAGAUUGGUUACUUACAGAAUUUGAAAAGAUUGUACGCUUUCAGCAACAGAUUAAAGCAACUUCCUAAAUCAAUUGGGGCUUUGAAAAAUCUUGAAGUUUUGGGAGUGAUGAAAAAUGAAAUAUCAGUCCUUCCGGGAGAACUUGGUCAUCUGAUGAAUCUGAAAGAACUAAAUGUGGACAGCAACAACCUAACAAAUCUUCCCAAGGAACUCUCUAACCUCAGCAAUUUACAGGAAUUGUCUGCAUCCAACAACAACUUGAUCACCCUCCCACAAGACCUAGGGCUGAUUCAAACACUAGUCAACAUUUUUGUGGAUAAUAAUCCUUUUUUGAACUGGCUUCCAAUGUCUCUAAAAUCAAGAAUUCGUAAAAUGAAGAUUGGACUAAAUAGGUGUGGCUUUGGAGAUCCACCAGAGCAUACUGUCAGGGCAUAUCACUGUGUAAAUAUAAGGUGGAAUAAAUAUGAAGCUUUUGUCAUUUUACCAAAAGAAAUAACCCAGACUAUGUCCCUGAUGAGCACCGAUACCCUCGCUUCACCUCUACAACUCUCUGUUUGGACGAGAGACCCUGUUGCAGAUUGUAGUGAAGUGACUGUGCAAUUGUGUCAUGAUGGAGAAUUUGCAUCUAGAGUGCCAAGUUUACUGGAACUGACCCUAAGGACAUAUUAUAGAUCUCUUUCAAUGUCUGAAAAAAAUAUUAAAGGUGACCCUGAAGUGACCUUGCCACAAACUAUAGAAGAACUGCUUCACUGCCCUACAGCACAUUGUAGUCUCUGCAAUGAAGUUCUAUUUGUAGCAGCUUUUCCAUUCAUUUACCAGGACAGCUUCUCUGCAGAAAAGCCAGAUGACAUGUUUCAUUUCCUUGGCCUCUGCUGCUCUGAGCAAUGUUUUCUUCAGCAACUUACAGAGCAGUUACGAUGAGGUAAUUAUUGAUAAUCUGACUUGGAUUCCAAAGAAUCUGAAAAUUCCUGACUCUAGGAUAUCUCAGCUUCAUGUUCAAAUACAUGGUAUCAACAAAUCUGCUCAGUUAACUCUUGGGUAAUUGAAGAGUCCUACACUCGAGAAGGUCCAACAUGCAUCCUCCUUACUAGAUUUGAACAAUCUGCUGUUGUCAUUUAAUACAUGUAUGCGCAAUGUUGAAAUGCAUAAAAAAAACUCAUCUUGCCAAUCCAAGAAAAUUGUAGAGAGUGUGGCUGAUUCAUAAUUAGUGCUGUUCUACAGGAAGUGCAAGACUGAUAUACAUGUACUUCAGUGUGGAUCUAAGGAUACCUAUAAGUGGAGAGUCAAAUUAUUCCAAUUUUCACAUGGCCUGAAAAAGCUCUCACUGAUUAUAUAUAAUCUUAUCAGCUUAUUUACCAAAGUCCAGAUUUAGCCAACACUGAAUUGGAUAUCUUCAUUUAUAGAGUAUAGAGCUGUGCUUGCCUUAGCCAAGACUUAUUAAUCACUGGCUUCCUUCUUCAAGUAUCAGUUACUAAACAUAAUGGAACUCUUUUGUUUAGAGAUUCAAAAAGAAAACUUUAAGGUUCAUUAUCUCCCUGUUCACUCACAUAAGAUUUUACUUUAAUGACAGUUAUGACACUGAUUUUCCAAAAGAAAACUUAAAGUUGAAAUAAAUGCAAUUUUAGCAUACUUUGGUGUGAAAACUUCGAAAGAAAUUGCCUUUUUAUUUAACAAUAGUUAAAGUAAUAAUAGUAAGAGUUAUCUCUCUUAUCUGAGUGUCAAUGAACCUUAAAAAAAAGGACAAGAAUACACACACACCUUCAUUUAUCAAAGAAUAAUGGAUUUAAUCCAUUGUUACAACUUGAGGAUAUCUUGUCAAAAUGUUUAGAUGUACAUUUUUUCAUCCAAUAAAUACAUGUACAUACAUAUAAUAGCUUCUCUAGUACAGUGGUACUUGCAUUUUUCUCAAGUUAUUGGCUGUACAACAGCCAUGUUUUAAAAAAAAUCAUAAUUUUGCAUGAUCCUUAAAGUUUCUAGAAAGAUACUUAUUUAAUUUUUUUUCCACAAAUGUAAGACAAAUAAAUUGAAAAGAAACAA